AUGAGCAAUGGAUCAGUCACCCCCCUUUCAACUGGAUCAACAUCAAGCUUGGAAUACGAAGGGACCAACAUGUUCAUUGACAUCACCGGAGUCCCAGACUUACCUCUCAUCAUCCACAGAUACAACAACUAUCUCAGAGUCAACGACGAUACCAUCGGGGAUAUUCCCUUCCAGUACCCACCUCGACAUUACCAGUAUAUCGACGGACCCAAUUACUUUCUGGUCCGAUCAAGACAUGAUGGACAUCUGGCAGCAGUAUUGACAGCGAUGCAGUCAGAAAUGUCAUCUGUAGCGAUCCCGAGGGAUGGGAAUCAGCCGGAAUUGGAGCCAAUCUGGAGAUCGAUAGAUCACUUGCAGCAAUCUCCAGGGACAACGGCUUCUGGAUCAGAUAUCUGCCUUUCCUCAGCAUGUUUGAGUGAAUCGAAUCAAUAUGUGGAACAAUUUGACGGAUGGGAAAACGAGUGGCCCUACACAAUUCCAAGAAGCCACCCACCUCAGCCACCUAGAUACAACAAUUGUAGUUCAACAACCCUGUUGGGGAAAUAUUUAGAACACCUUGCUGAACAUUUGAAACAAGUGUUUGAAGAAGAGGACAUUGAACAAUAA